UCUCGCUUUUCCUCCACUCUUUUCACUCUGCACACUCUCUUCCAUCGCCAAAUCGUCACCCUCUGAUCCCACCCACCUUCUCCAUUCUCUCCUUAUCUCACCAAUACUUCUCUUUCCUCUCUCUUCUUCUCCCUUAUUAACCCUCGAGCACUUCCUCUUCCUCCUCCUUGUCCUACGCCCAUUUGCUGGUGCACUUCAAUUUUUUGCUUUACCUGCUGGUGGCUGAGCCUGUCAUGGAGGAGGAGGAGAAGCAGCAGCAGGAGCACGAACAGGGGGGCGCUUGUGAGUCUAAUAGCAACCCCAUUCAUGUCUUGGCUGUUGAUGAUUGCUUUUUUGACCGGAAAAUUGUUGGGAAGAUUCUUGAAAAAGCCUCGUUUAAAGUUACUAGUGUUGAGAGUGGAAAGAAGGCAUUGGAGGUUCUUGGAUUAAAUCAAGACAAAGUGGAGAAAUCUACUUAUAAUGACCAAAAGAUCAACAUAAUCCUUACUGACUACUGUAUGCCUGAGAUGAAUGGAUAUGAUCUUCUCAUGGCUGUUAAGGAAAAUAGCAACGUGAAGUCCAUUCCUGUUGUGAUAAUAUCAUCUGAAUAUGAUCCACAGAGAAUCAGCAGGUGUCUUGCGAGUGGUGCUGAAGCUUUCCUUCGAAAGCCACUACAACAAAAAGAUCUGCAAAAGUUGAGAAGCUAUGUUAGGCAUUCAGCACCUGUACCCAAGACAGGGACAAAAAGAAAAGUCACACUGGACUUAAUACCAGAAACCGGUACAGCAGAAACGCGACCUCGCAUUGCUGGAGUUGCUGUGGCUUAACCCUCUAUUGGCAUUACGCGCUCUCCCAGUCGUUUUCUAUUGGCAGGGGCAAGUUCCAAGCAGCCGUGACAUACUUCUCUGCCGAGUAAAUGAUUAAUGUCUGCCUGGAAACCUGGUUUUGUUCUCGAGGCAAUAAGUUCUUUGCGUCGGCUCUAAGGGAUCCUAAUGUUAUGGAAUAGAAAUGCAGCAGGCAUGUUUAUACAAUAGGCCUUAUGGUUCUGCAGACGAAUGUACUUGCUAAUAAUUAAUUAUGAACGCAAUCCUUCUUAUGAUGGAUUUACAAAUCA